AUGAUCGGGGACAGGUUCAGCAGGCGGGACGAGUUCUUGGUGUCGCUCGAGGAGGGGCUCAAACUCCUCCCCGGGUUCAACCUAGGCGACCUAUUCCCAUCGUCGCCGUUUGUGAGCUUCCUCAGCGGCACGGCACGGCGGGCGCACGCAAACCACCGGAAGAACUCUGAGCUCAUGGGGUGCGCCAUCAAGCAGCACGAGGAAAGGAGAGCCGCAGCGGUGGCGAACGGCGCGGUGCAGGAGGAAGAGGACCUGGUGGACGUGCUCUUGAGGAUACAAAAGGAAGGCGGCCUCGACAUGCCUCUCACAAUGGGAAUGAUCAAAGCUGUUAUCCUUGACUUGUUCAUCGCUGGAAGUGAGACAUCAGCAACUACACUGGAAUGGGCCAUGUCGGAGCUUAUGAGGUACCCGGAUGUGAUGAAGAAAGCGCAAGCCGAGCUACGUGACAACCUCAAUUGUAAGACGAAAGUGACAGAAGAUGACUUGGUACAGAUGAAGUACUUGAAACUCAUCAUCAAGGAAACAUUGAGGCUGCAUCCGGCGGCGCCAUUGCUUCUCCCAAGGGAGGCAAGGGAGUCUUGCAAGAUCCUUGGGUACGAUGUGCCAAAGGGCACCACUGUGUUGGUGAACGCGUGGGCGAUUGGUAGGGAUCCCAAGUAUUGGAAUGAUGCUGAAGAGUUUAAGCCAGAGCGAUUUGAGUGUAGCAAAAUCGACUUCAAGGGCAUGGACUUUGAGUACAUACCAUUUGGUGCUGGUAGAAGAAUAUGCCCGGGAAUGGUGUUUGCACAGUCAAAUAUAGAACUCGCACUAGCAGCCCUGCUCUACCACUUUGACUGGAAGCUCGAAGAGGAGCUGAAGCCAAGUGAGCUGGACAUGACUGAGGACAUAGGCCUCACUGUUGGAAAGAAGAACGACUUGCUUCUGCAUCCCAUGCUUCGCGUGCCCCACCGAUCCGACAUGGCCCAUUCAAAUAUAAAACUGCUAAAGUUUUCAGGAAUGCUAUACAACACAUGGGUGUUUUUUGCUUGGUUGGCACAUGGAUUUUCUGUCCGUCCGAUCCGUCUCACGCGCUGCUGGGCGUUCGAUGUCACGACCUAG